CCGGCGAGUGAGAGAGUGAAAGGGCGCGCGCGAGGCAGGGAACUGAACUCUGGCGGAUUGUUUACAGAGUUGAGUUUGUUGUUUGUUCCGGUUCGGUUCGGUUCGGUUCGGGUGUAUGUGGCGGAUCGGUGAUCAGGGCGGGUGUGUGUGAAGAGCGCAGUGAGCGCAGUGUGCUGAGGAGCAGCGCGGCCGCACCUGCGCCGUCUCCAUGACACCUGUCCGCGGUGUUGCGGCGCAAGCGCAUUCUGCCCCCGGGUGCACUGAUUAUUAUUAUUAUUAUUAUUAUUAUUAUUAUUAACUGUGGGUUUAGAUUCGUGAGCGUGUGUUGUUGCGGUGAGAAUGAAAGUGACGGUGAGCUUUGGGAGUACCGGAGUGGUGGUGCCGUGUAAAUCCGGCUGGAUAGUGCGGGACCUGAUGGAGCAGGCCACACAGCGAUACAGGAAAAUAGUGGAACAGGAUGGGGAGUUUCUGGUGCGUACACAUCAUGUGGAGUAUGCUGACGGGGGGAUUCUCGACCCCGACGACAUGCUUGCGGACCUGCUCGAGGACAAGGACAAGCUGAUAGCAGUGUAUGAGGAGAUGGAGCUCCAGUCGAGGGCGUCGCUUAGCCCGGCCGAUAGCACGGCUUCCGGAUACUCCAGCCCCUACACCUCUGAGCCCGAACUGGGCAUCCUGCGUCCCACGGUGGGCACGGAGAUCGAGGUCACUUCCAGCACCCUCAAGUCAAACACGCCUCUGUUGGUCAGGAGCAGCAGUGAACUGGUGCUGUCACGCCCGCUGGACAUGGGGAGUCACGAUGCUGAAAGUAACAACAACAGACCAACAACAACGAACGCAGGCUAUGUGCCAACAGUUAAGGGCAGAACCACAGACGCACUGAAAGAAGACAUCAUGAACAGGACGACCAGCAGCAGCAAGCUCACCAGACUGGUGGAAGUUUCUGGAGAUGUGGGACCUCUUGGAAUUAAAGUUGUACCUUAUCUUUCUUCAUUGAGUGGACGGGUGUUGGGCCUUCAUGUUAAAGGCAUCGAGGAGAACAGUCGCACAAAGAGAGAGGGCAUCUUCGAGGAGGACGAGUGCAUCGUACAGAUCAACGAUACCGAGCUCAUAGACAAGUCCUUCGCUCAGUCUCAGGAGAUGUUUCGUCAGGCCAUGGCGUCCUCCCUCGUGCGGUUGGAGGUCCUCCCCGUGUCCAACAAGCUCCAGUACGAGAAGAGCCUCAUCAGCCAGAUAUUCAGUGGCUUUGACUCCGCCCACACCGCCGUCCCCAAACCGAAGAGUCCCUUAAUGCUUCGCAAAGUUGAGGUCAAGCCCUCUGACCCCGCCCCUUCCUCCGCCUCCUCUUGGACGCCGCCUCCGAAAGAGGAGCCCGCUGUGAGACGCAGCCCCAUCGUAGUGGAGCGUCGCGAGCAGACCCCGCCUCCUCCCGUCAGUGCCUCUCCUACACCCAGGAGUCGCAGCGAAAGCCCCGCCUCGACAGUAAACCCCGCCUUUAUAGCGCUAGCAAACGCUAAUAAGAAAAGCGGCAGGAAGAUGAUCAAUUUAACAAAAGGUCCGGAAGGUCUCGGCUUCACCGUGGUGACCAGAGACUCUGCCGUUCACGGGCCUGGACCCAUCCUGGUGAAGAGCAUCCUGCCCCGUGGCGCUGCUGUGAGAGACGGGCGCCUGCAGUCUGGGGACCGCAUCCUCCAGGUAAACGGAGUGGAGAUCAGCGGUUACAGACAGGAGGAACUGGUUGCAAUGUUGCGCAGCACCAAACAGGGAGAGACCGUCUCACUGUUAGUGACCAGACAAGAGGAACCGUUCUUACCUCGGGAACUGAAAGGAGAGCCGUCUGGCCCGGCCCUGUAUGAGGAUGGUCGAGAGCACCUGAUGUUCGAGAUUCCUGUAAACGACUCGGGGUCAGCCGGACUCGGCCUCAGUCUGAAGGGCAACAAGUCCAGAGAGACGGGCGAGGACCUGGGCAUCUUCAUCAAGUCCAUCAUCCAUGGAGGGGCUGCUUUCAAGGAUGGGAACUUGUGCGUGAACGACCAGCUCGUGGCUGUCAAUGGCGAAUCCCUUCUCGGCCGAUCCAACAACGAUGCCAUGGAGACCUUGAGACGUUCUAUGUCCAUGGAAGGGAGCCAGCGAGGAACCAUCCAGUUAGUUAUCCUCCGAGCUAUGGAGCAAUCCCCUGCCCAGGAGAGGCGACAAAAUGGAGGUCCGAGUGAGUCCAGAGAGACUUCCCCGGCUCUGCACACCCAAAAACACCCGAGCAACGGCGUUGGAGUGGGGGUCAGCGCUGCUCAGCCACCCAUGGUCACGAACAGCAUCUACGAACGUGCUCCAGGUCCUGUUGCAGCCUUCAACGGCAGACCCGGGGUGUACAAUCAUGACGGCAACUCUGAUGAAGAUCCUACUUCUGAUAUGGAGUCAGACUUCAACCCGCAACGGAAAUACGCACAAAACAGAGCGGAACAAGAACUCAUCUCCAACGCGGGACACCCCACACGGAGACUCCCAGAGCUUUACACACCAAAGGCUUCCAAGAGCAUGGACCUGGUGGCAGAUGAGAGCAACAUUGGUGGUAGACAAGCACAGAGACCAGCACCUUUGACGUCUCUGGGACCAACGUUGGGACUACAGAAGUCCAGCUCUCUGGAGAGCUUGCAGACAGCCAUGGAGGAAGCCAGUAAGAGCAGUGUUCCCUUCCACCGGCCUGCUGGUCCUAUGGUACGCGGCCGUGCUUGCAACAUGAGCUUCCGGCAGGCCAUCGACAAGUCCUACGAUGGGCCCUCGGAGCCUGAAGAUGAUUACUCCGAGGACAGCUCGGGAAGGGACACGCCGGUCAGCGGUUCCUCACGUCAAGAACUGGAAGAGGGAGGCAAAGAGAAGAAGAAGAAGAAGACCAAAAAGAAGAAGGAAAAGAUCAAGACCAAGGCCAAGAAGAAAGAUGACGCUGAUGACCCAGACAAGAAGACAAAGAAGAAGGGCUUUGGACUCUUGAGAUUUGGCAAAAAGAACAAAGCCAAAGGAAAGUUGGGAUCGGUGAGUGAAGAGGAGCUGAAUAAGAGCGAACCAGAAAUGCUGUCCGAAGCGGACAUCUUGGCUCCGUCACGCGGCCACCUGCCUGACGUAGAAGACGAUGAUUUCGACCCCAACUACGCCCGCAUCAGUAACUUCAGAGAGCUGCCGCCUCCUAGCCACGCCUCCUUUCCCAACCGCAUGCCCUCUCCUCAAUAUGUCCCAACCACAGGCCCCGCCCACAACAUGCCUCCCACCACCGAGGACCCACGGGAAGGACUCUACGCCAAAGUCAACAAGAUCAAGCCCUCGUCACAACCGACACCUGAGAGUAACGAAGCUCGUCUGCAGCAGAUCCGGAGUCAGUUACAGCAUCUGAAACCUUCUCCGUCGUACGCAGAGUCAGGGGCAGGAUACCGACUCCAGGAAUACGAUCCAUCACGGAUAAGAGGCCCCGAUUCCCGCAUGGCCCCAAGAUAUGAAGACAUCGAUCGACAGUAUGCAUCUGCAGCCAGACGAAUGGCUGUGGAAGGCCACAAAGAAGCAGACCGCUACCCGAGCCAGAGUCCGAACUACAACGCAAAUCAAACCCCCCAGCCAGGCUCGAAUCGCCUUCCCGCAGCCCGCUCUGGACCUCUUAGAUACGACAUGCCCCCAUCCUCCUCUCCAGGCCAGCAGGGGGCACCAAGCUACGAAGCUGCGAUCAAAGCCGGCAGUCGCAUGGCUGGUCCCAACCAGUACGGUACAUAUGAAGACGGGCAGUACCCUAACCAUCGGAGCAAGAACCCUGCCAUCGGAGAGGUGUAGAAUAAAAGCAGGCUAAUUUCGAAGUAUGGUAGGAUAUAGCUAGCCAACUUUCGAAGCGAUUCUCACGGGUCUUUGUAUCGUAAAAAGUUCUUCUUUCCUAUAUCUGCAAGGUAAACCCUCUUUCAAGACAACUUAGAAAAUCUCUUGUUACAGUCAAGGUGACCUAAACUUGGGUUCUAUGCUUUAAGUUCAUCCACAGAAGUAAGGGCCAGGGUAGAUUUCUCAAGGGUUCUUUGGAUAAGAAAAGGUUCUUUGCUUCAUAAAGAAUAUCUGUUUGUCUGUAAGGAAAACCAUCUUCUCAAGUAUAGACCUUCCUAAAUCUCUCGUACGCAGCUGACCUGACUUGCCAUCAAGUCAGCACUCCAUCCAGGGAACCUUUGGGUAACCUAUUUUCCAAGGAUGUACACCAGUCCAGAGUAGUGCUAGCAUUAUUCUUUAAGGGUUCUCCUGAGGAACGUUUCGACUUCUCGAUUUAACCUGGUGCUGAAUCAUGCUUAAUCUCCCAGCCACCUUUCAGAAAGGUUCUAUUUGAAAGGAUAACCCGAUCAGGGAACCUUUAAGGACGUGAUUUGCUCCUCAUCCACAGGUUUCUUCAGUUCAUCCGAACUUCAAUGUCCACGUUUAAUUAAGUAUCCAAAGAACCUUCAGGGAGGGCCCCCCCC